AUGUUUGAACAGCAGAUGGGAAAGAGCAUUGAAGUGUAUAUAGAUGACAUGGUGGUAAAAAGCAAAUUGGUAGCCGACCACGUCAAAGACCUCGGCGACAUCUUUCGAAUUCUGAGAAAGUACAAGCUGCGACUUAACGCGUCCAAGUGUUCAUUUGGGGUGGGAUCAGGGAAAUUCUUAGGUUACAUGGUGACCCACAGAGCGGACAGAUGCAGACCUUUUUUCCUCCUAUUAAACAAGUGGAAGGGCUUCGAGUGGACUGAGGAGUGUGCUUUAGCUUUCCAACAGCUUAAGGAUUACCUCGCCCGACCACCAAUUAUGUCCAAUCCUGAGGCCGACGAGGUGCUAUUCGCCUACAUUGCUGUGGCCUCUCAUGCAAUAAGUUUAGUGCUAAUCCGAGAAGACAAUGGCACGCAACGGCCCGACUACUACGUUAGCAAAUCGCUGCACGAAGCAGAAACACGUUACCUACCUCUCGAAAAGGCCGUCUUGGCAAUCGUACAAGCCACGCAAAAGCUCCCCCACUAUUUCCAGGCACACACUGUGGUUGUGUUAACUCAACUUCCAUUGAGAUCCAUUCUCCGCAGUGCCGACUACACAAGCAGAAUUGCAAAAUGGGGAAUGAUUCUGGGCGCCUUUGACAUUAGGUACAUGCCUCACACCGCUAUAAAAGGUCAGGUCCUCGCCGAUCUGGUAGCCGAAUUCGCGGAGCCCACACUACAAGGAAAGGAAGGGUCAGGAUCACUAAGUCCUGAUGGGAAAUUGAUCAGCACAAUCUCUCAGCAGGAACACAAUUGGUGGAAAGCACACGUCGACGGUGCAGCCAAUCAAAGGGGCUCAGGAGUGGGGCUAGUUCUGGUCUCCCCCGAGGGGAUAACCAUCGAAAAAUCGCUGAGGCUUGGAUUCUCCGCCACGAAUAAUGAAGCCGAGUAUGAGGCACUAUUGGAAGGAAUGUCAAUGAUCCGGAAAAUGGGUGGAAAAUUCUUGAACAUGUUCUCGGAUUCGAGACUCAUCGUGGGACAAGUAAACGGGGAGCUAGAGGCGAAGGAUGAAAGAAUGCAAGAGUACUUAGUCCAAGUUAAAUGCCUGCAGACCCAUUUUUGUCACUUCAAUCUGUCGCAUGUGUCAAGAAGCGGGAACACCCAUGCUGAUUCUCUUGCAACGCUAGCCACCUCCUCGGCUCAACCACUUCCCCGGGUUAUUCUCGUGGAAGAUCUUUACCACCCAACGACGACGAGGGCCAAUGAUAUACGGGUCCACAACGUCAGGGCUGGACCUAGUUGGAUGGACCCUCUAGUGCUGUUCUUAAAGCACGAUACUUUACCGGACAAUAAGAACGAGGCCGACAAGAUUAGAAGGAAGGCCUCUCGAUUCUGGUUGUCCGAAGACUCCAAAUUAUUCGGGAUACCUCACACACUGAUCUCGGACAACGGCCUCCAGUUUGAUAGUAAAGCUUUCAGAAGGUACUGUAGUGAGCUGGGAAUUACCAACAGAUACUCCACACCAGCUUACCCGCAGGGUAAUGGGCAGGCGGAGGCCGUCAACAAAACUAUAGUGAAUGAGCUGAAAAAGAGGUUAGACGAUGCGAAAGGGAGGUGGGUCGAAGAGUUGGCCCAUGUCUUGUGGACAUACCGCACCACGCCUCAUAGGUCCACAGGGGAAACCCCCUUUUCGAUGACCUAUGGGGCUGAGGCUGUCAUUCCACUGGAGGUAAACUUCCCAACACAAAGGAUCACUGCAUUCUGCCCCGGUGCCAACAAUGGACUUCUAGAAAAAAGCUUGGACCUCAUCGAGGAAAGAAGGGAAAGCGCAAUGGUCCAAUUUGCCCACUAUCAGCAAAAGCUCAAGCAAGGUUACGAUGCCAAGGUGAAGCUGAGGCCCCUGGCGCCUGGGGAUCUGUUAGUGGCAGAAUAG